UUGAGAGGUGAGUUCAGAUGUGUCAAAAAGGCCGUGCGUGCUUGUUGAUAAAUUGACAUUUUCGCGGCAUUUAACUUGUAACGCGUUAUAAAUUAACUAUCUCAGUGUUCCCUAAAAGUUCGUGACUCUCAGCAACUAAAGGAAUAUAAUCGUCAGCGAUAUUUUCUUUGGAUUUGAACAUUGCGUUGCAGAAAAUCAUUUUCGCAUCAGCAUUUUCGUGGUGAAUUUGAGAGGGUCGUUGUGUGAGGAGGCGAUUGCUCUUCUUGCGUACGGCGCAGUGCAAAUGUGUUGCCGUCGCAGUUUGUUUACGUGGUGAAGUUGGAAGAUUUGAAAACAUUGGCGCCUACCGGGCCUAGUACGGGGGACUACGUUCCGCAUAAACAUGGAUUCGAAUUGUAAAACGAAAUUCAAUAUGGACCAUGUAUAUUGCCAUCCGAAUGACGGGAACUAUAUUCGUGCGAACAGCGGCUCCACAGAGGUUCUGUCGAUUCUGAAGGAAAACAAACAGCUCAAAGCGAUGCUGCUCCUGCAUCUUGACCUAAUUCAAGAACAGAGCGAUCAGCUGAUGGCGAAAGACAGACUGUUGGCUAAUUUGCGGGAGGAAAAUGAAUCUCUUAAACUACGGUUGGAGCGUAUGGACAAGCGGCUUCAGAAGAAUAAAGUGUCCGAACAGACAGAAUCCUUGUCGUUGGUAAACAGUACGGGACCGGACAAAAAGGAGAACGUCCCUAAGUUGAGGGUGUACACAAACAAAGCCAAAGCUGUUACCCAGAUCUCCCCGCCAUCCACAGAAACUAGUCCCGUCCCAGUAAUGCUUGCCUCCGCAAAGCCGGUUCAGAGCACAGAAAGUAAAUACAAGAUUUGCGAUGACAAUCACCUUGAUAAUCACAUCAUUGGUGAGAACAAUGGUAAAUACAUUACAAAGAUUGUCCUGCAACGGGUUCAAUCGCCGGGUGCUGAAUCACCUCCUCUCGAUGAAGAUAGUCAACCUGAGACUAUUGCAGGCGAGGCCGCGGACACUUCGCACCCUGAUAAAUCUAAAGCUCCUGGUGAUUUGGUUCAAAAGAAGGAAGAGUCUGUGAUUGCUAACAAAGCGCAAGUGGUUGAGGAUAGUUUUAGUUGUGGAUCUGGUGCAGAGCAGGAACCAGUAGGGGUACAAACACGUCGCAAACAUCCAGUCAGAAUUGGAAAUCUGACGACAAAAAAGCUUUACUGUACUAGGGAAUGGGAGGCUGAGCAAAUAGAAGAAGAUCUCAAUCGUGAAGAGACCGAGGCUUUGAAGUCGGAAUGUCCUAAUCUGGAAAUUCCAAAGUGGACGAUCAAGGAUUUUCAUGGAUUGUACGCUAUUGAAGGUACUGAAGAUCUUUCCGACGACGUUUUCCUAAAACGUCACAAUAAACUAGAGGUUGAUGAGAAACGCCGCAAGAAAUGGGAUGUUCAGAGAAUCCGCGAGCAACGUACAAUAGAACGACUAAAACGACGUCACUGCAAGGAGCAAAUUGUUGACACAGAAGAAAGUCAAAUUCAAAAUUCAUUCUAUCCCAAUCCGGAAUCUAUAAAAUUCAUUCAAAUAACUGAAGAAAUUCCUGUGAAUGCAUUUGGUGAAAUCAUUCCCUCUGUUAAAGAAAAUGGUUUUAAUUUACCAUGGCCUGACCAUUCAAAAUAUUUUACAACCAAUCCUGCUCCAACUGUGAUUACUUCCACAUCUCCUACUUCGCCUGCUGCAGCGACAACUACAUUUGACAUUGGUACAAGGAGAUGGAACAAUUCAAAUUUUAGUCCAAAAACAUCGUUAUUGAUCCUGAAAAGACGUCGACGGCAGUACUCGCAAAGUCUAUCAAAUUAUAAAAGAUCCCACAGAAAAGUCGUGAUCAAAAACUAAGCGCGGUAUAAGAAAAGUAGGAAAUUGAAUUAUGAGAGUCGACACGAUUGGUAGCUUUUUACAUAUGGAAUCAGUUCAAACAUUUAAUAUUGUAGCCAUAAAGUACAAUCCUAAAUUCCUGCCAACAGGAAUCACCGACAUUUAUAUUUUAGACAAGCUUUUUCUAGCAAUAAUUCAAUCCUUUAGUAGGUAUUACAAUGGAACAUUUCAUUGGAAUAUGGCUGAAUCUUGCACUGUUUAUUCUGUUUAAAAAUGCUUGGUUCAGAUUUGUUUCAACACACUUAUGUGCUGGAUAAGGCGCUCUUUCAGCGAUAACCAUGAUCGAUGUCGACUGGCAUAAUUUAAUUGCGAUUAAAAAACUAGUGGAGAAAUAGAAUGGACUGCAAAACUAAAAUGAAAUCUAAAAACCAGUCAGAUUGAAUGAUUUCUUUCGAUAUUUAUUUUAUUCUAUUUACUCGCAUUAAAACAUAAUUGUUUGAUAGUAAUCUCUUUUCUAUUGUUUCGAUCGUUGGGGUCAAAUCAAACUAGAUCUUUCUCUACAAAAAAUACAAGUCAACAAAAUGUGAAACAAAGUGAAACAACAAAAUAUUUAUUAGGUUCUAAGAUUAAAAGGAAAUGAUUUAUUUUUUAUACGUAGAUUAUAUAAGUAGGUUUAUCGAAAAAAAUCCAAAUGGGCAAACAAGAAAAAAAUUAUUUUUGAUUUUUCGUUUCCUAAUAUUCGGCAACAAAAUCAUGUCUGUAUAUUUAGUAUUUGUGUUACAUAUAUAUUUUCGGAUAUUAAUUCUUUGUAAGUUCGUAGAUUUUUAUUAUUAUAUGAUUUGAACGAAAUUGUUUGAGUAGAGCACGCACUUUUUUUUCAAGUGCAAACCAUCACAUACACACAAACACAAACAAUUUAAAAUACCGUUGUAGGUUUUUCUUCAGUUUCUUACUGGAUAAUUUAUGUCUACCAUAUACGCUUCGACUUGUAUAUUAAAGGAAAUGAAAUUAAAAUUGAUUGUAAAUGAACAGUGAACGAAAAUAAUAAAAAUAAUAUUGGAAAUUA